GAAUCCAGAGAAAUACUUUGAGGGCGAAUUUUGAGUCUUUAAUAUUUUCAAGUCGGUUUUAUCUAGAAGUCACCGUUGCUCUCCCUUUUGCACCAGUUGCCACCUCGAUUUACUUCCCUCUCCUUCCCUCUCACACUUCUCUCCAGCUUUGCAGUAUUACGUGCAAGUUGAAUUUAUCUCGUCGGAUAUCCAAUCUAAGUGAUUCCACAAACAAGAUGUAUUCCCUGUUUCGCGUUCCCAAACUACAUUUCAACCCUCAAGUACAUACCGAAAGACUCAUUGUUUUCCUGGCAUUUCGCAAAGACUUCUUAUUGAUGUCCUAUGGUGACCUCCUUCACUAUGACAAAAAGAAGAAUCGAGACGAAUUAUUGAAAUCUUUCGAUCCUCAAUACAUUGAACAACAUCUACAUGGAAUUUCAUUCAAACAUAUGUGUGAUCUAGUCAAGGAUAUGUGGACCGCAAGAUACUUCCAUCCCAAUUCGGAAAUAACUAGGUUUUUCGAGGGCGCCUCCUUUGAGCGACAGCAAGAUCCUGCUUUUCGAAGACUUAUCAAUGUUCCACCAUUAGGAGAGGCAUUGGAAAGUGAUAUCUGGCGAUUGAACCACCAGCCAUAUUAUAAGCCGCGUAUCACCAAAUCUGGCAGGAUUAGAAAAUUGCAUUCAACACGUCUACGUUUUUUGCCAAUUAGGGAACCCUUUGGUCCCGAUCUUAUGUUGAACUUUUCACCAGAAUCCGGUCCUUUCCAACCUUUCCUUGGUCCUUACGAAGAUGAUUAUGAGUGCAGCACAGCGCUUCCCUUCGCUCUUCAACAUUCCAUCCUCACGACACUCCAAGAUCUCACCGAAGAAUCUCUAUUUAGCUUCGCAUCCCGAUACUUUCCUGGCUACCUAGCUUUGAACUUCAAAACUUGCCCUAAGUCUAUGGAGCUAAACACCUGGAGAUCGCAUCUACACAUGAACGCUCCUUACAUCCGGCAAAAUCUCACCUCUGGUUUUGUUAUUGACGACUUGCAUUUCUUUUUGCAUCGUUUGGAAACAAUAAUAGACCUAAUUGUGCGUCGGAAACAGGGGAUUCCUAUUGAAGCAAUCAAUAGUAUGUGCGCAGAUAGCAUUUGCUUGGCAAGAGCUUUAGGAGACCCACGAGCAUUUCUGCUGGGAAUCAUACAGGAAAAGGUGCUCAUGGUUUCGGAAACACUGCUACAAAUACAACCUCUACCUCUCCAUUUUUCCUCCCUUGAAAUCGGUCUGACGAGGAAAUGUAACCUUCAGAUCUUCAUCCAGGCCAUAUCUGCUUCACGCAUCCUCAUACGCUCCGCAGAAGGAACAAUACUUUACUCGGAGAGAUACUAUGAAAUUACUAACAUGCUACAUCGCUUAGAAAUUUAUAAUGAAGAGAAGCGCGCACCUCCGACCUAUGCCCCUUUCUAUUAUUGAUACUAAAACUCAGAGCAUUUAUCGAUCGACUGGGAGACUUAUGAGCAAGAAUCAAACGAAUGAAGUGUCUGACCUUUGGUCUUCCGUCUAUUAUCGAGGAGCAUAAUGAGCAGAUUUCGAAUGAUGAUGAGAACACUGAAGCAUAAAACCAUCAGUAGAAUAGUGAGAGGAGUUAGUUUCUUUUGCGAGAUAGAUAAAUCCUUGGUGGAACACUUGAUUUUUCACUGGUGUCAGAUCGAGGAUUGUGGGUGGCUCGAGUAGGAUGAUGAAAAAUGGAUGUA